GAAAUAGAUACCCUACGAUCCUAGCUAGCCAUGGCCUCCUAUUAUGCAGUAGCCGUGCUUUCAUUGCUUGCCUUUUCCAUCUCUGCAGUACGCGCGCUGGAUGAUAAGACGCUGCAAACCACCCUAUACAUAAAACAGACACCUGCCACGGACCAAAGGACUGUGGGAACUGAUACAGUCGUCAUUAAUUGGGUCAUAAAGGAUGGGCCUGCUGGGAAUACCAUCGGGCAUGCAGAGGGCCUCACGACCCAUGCCAACCCAGCCCAGAAUUUCUGGGUAACCAUAAUGGAUUUUGUGUUCGAGAGUGGAAGCCUCGCUGGAUCAACACUUAAGGUGAUGGGCCUUCAUGGGGGGAAGGUUAAUGGACCAGGCCAGUGGAGUGUUAUAGGGGGUACAAGAGACCUUACAAUGGCACGAGGUAUUAUAAAUUACAAAAUAAUCCAAGAAGACGGUGCCAGCAGGACCUUUGAAAUAUGCAUAUUUGCAUACUACACUUCAAAUUUAAAGGAAACCUUUCCGAUUCUGGGUGAUAUUGUCAAAUUCCCUUGAGACAUUGCACUUCGGACAUACAUUGAGACCAUCCUUCGCAUGUUUGUGUGUGUUGAGACGAGAUGACUACUAGAUCUACGAUCUAUUUUUUGCUUCAUCCUAAAUAAAUUAUCCGCCUAUGUAUUGUGACUUACCAACCACUCAGUUGUAUUCCAGAGAGCAUUGCAUGCAAUUCUUCGUACCUUUUUAUGUCAUGUUCUCCUUGUCGCAAAAGAUCCUAUCAUCAAUAA